AUGAAGACGCAGUCAACUCCUAACAGCGUGAAGAGGCUCCUGAGGGAACGCCGUGGAUUUGGGGUGACCUUCUUGAUUCCCUCGGCGAGCCAAAGGCCUUGGUCACCGCCAGUUAGGUAUCAAUGUGUCUACGAAACCUAUUUUCGUGACGAUACGAAGCUUUGGUUCCCAAUUCCUCGACUAGUCACGGCAUACGCGAGGCGCCGAGACGCAGCGAUAAGUCAGUUUUUGAACGGUUUGUGGCAUAUUGCAGUUGCUUUGAUGGUUUUGGCUGCAGAGAUCGAUGUCUCGCUGAGCGUUCGUACCUUCGAAGAGUUGACGUCCGUCAGUUCGUUGGAGGACGACAUUCUAUCGAUAAAAAUGCGGCCAAGCUACAACGUGAUAGGGGGGCAUCCUAAUAAGGCGCUCGAUUGGCAGAGGUCUUAUUUCUUCAUUAAAUGCGAUGAUUUUGCCUUCGAGGAUCCUCCAGACGAUGACUACCGUGUCUUAUGGAAUACUUUGCUUGGUAGAACACUUUCGUUAACUCCCGACCAUCUAACUUCUCGCGAAUACCCGGAAGUAUUUCUUGCGAGCGCUCGUGCUGUCGCGAGACUCGCUCAAGAGCACUGGGAGAAUAUUUCUUGGGAGAGGGUUCGCCGUUCGAUCGAUCGGGAUUGGGAUUCGAGUUACAUUCCGUCGGUUAACAAGACCAAGAGACGUAUCUCGCUGUUCACCGUUGAAGAGCAGAAGAAGAUCAACGCAGCAAGGAAGAUGAGGGGCCUUCCGGAUCUGAGUGCUAUGAUGGCAGCAGAGCAUGGCUUGUCAAAUGCUGAGCCGUCUGUGCCUUCUAAUGAUUUGGUGACUGACGACGCGACCCUCGCGAGUUUUGACCAUCGUGAAUCCUCGCUUGGUGUUGUUGUCGUUGCUCCUAAGAAGAAGAAGAGCAAGAAGAGAGCCCGUGACGAGCCGCCUGUCAAUGAUGAUCUCGAGACUCUUCCAGAGGAAGCGGAUGAACCUUGGAAUGUCUCGCCCGAGGUUCCGCUUCAGAAGAAAAGGUCGAAGCAAACUGGUGAGCGGGGGACGACCAAGCGCCAGGUUCCCCCCGUUGCUGUUUCAUCGAACCCUGGGACAUCGGUCCCCGGUUCAUCGACUGGUGGUAUUUCGGUCGUUAGGAAGACUUUGAAAGUCGAGUUUCCUGAUCGUGUCUCGUUCGAGUAUGACAGGCCAACUCCUCUCAUCUAUGCUGCGCACAAAUGCGCGGAACUGGUUAGUCAGAUCAAGUGCGGCCCAAAGCCCUUUCUGCCAGUCGCUGACUUGAUCUUUAAGGACGAGUAUGUUGAUUCUGCUCGCACCAAGUUGUUGUGCGACGUGGUUUCGAACUUCGUCGUCGAGAAAUAUGACUCUGCGCUGAAAGAAGCGCUUGCUGAGUUAGAGAAGCUGAAGAAGACAGUGGUGAGCAAGAGCAGACUUCUCCGUCGAAGGAAGGCGGAAUGGCAAGAGGAGUUCGAGAGGAUGGCCGAGAAGCGAGAUUGCGCGGUUGCUCGGGGGAAAGCUCUGAAGAAAAGAGCCGACGCAGCUGAAGAGGAGCUUUCCGUUGCUCGUUCUACUAUCGAGGCUUUGGAGCUGCGGAAGGCCAAUCUUAUGGAAGAGAUAGGAGCCAAGGCCGUGCAGCAUAAGAAAGAACAUGACCGCCUUAGGGACUCGCGUAUUUACGAGGUUACGAAGGAGAGGGUGAGGGUCGAGACCGAGAUGAUUGCAAAAUCCAACAAGCAUUUCGGGAAUUUACGCGAAUGUCGAGCGUUCGGGACUAAGAGCUGCCUCGAGGCUUUAAAGGCUGGUGCCCGCGACAUUCCUCAAGAGACUAUUGACAUGUUCGCAGCUAGAGAAAAACAGUUUGAAGAGGAAGCUUUGAAGCUUGAUCCCGGCGAGAUCCCGGAGACUGAUUUGGUCCUUUAUCCACUUCGCCUCGACUCUCAGUUCGUCGAUAUGCGAGCUUUCGUGGGUCUCGAUCCGCAUGGGUCUAACAUACGCUUGAUCGAUCCGAGGACUGCUGGGGUUCUCCAAAGUCCCGCUGAUCGUCCUGGAACCUCCGCUGCUUCCUCUCGUUCCGUGGAAGUUGAUUGGUCAAAGACUGGUGCGCCUGCUCUUGACUCGCGAGCCGUUGAUGAGGGAGUAAAUUCUUUUGGGAACCAGGAUGGGAGCAAUGUUCUUGAGAUCUCUGAUUCUUCCGUUUCUGAUUCGGAGGAUGGUCAGGGUCGAGAAUCAGAAAAAGCCGACGCCGGCGAGGAGGUUGACGGGGUGCAGAGUGGAGAGAUAAUCGGAGAUCAAGCGAACCCCUCCGAGAGUCAGCUUGAGAUUCGUGGGGGAGAGGCGAUAGCUCGUUUUGAGAGCGUCGAUGCGGAUCAACCCGUGCGUACCACCCUUCCCGAACCACCUCUCGACAAUGAUGCCGUAAUGCAGGAACAGGCUAGAGACCCCGAGGAAUAA